UGGAAAAUCCCAUGGACAAAGGAGCCUGGUGGGCUGCAGUCCAUGGGGUCACAAAGAGUCAGGACUGAGUGACUGCACACGCGCACGCACACACACACACACACACACACACACACACACACACAACUUCUGGACAUUAGCUGAUCUGACCUCCAGGAGACUAAGAGCCUGAGGUUGAAACUUGCAAGGCAACCCCCCAGGUGAACUCUGAACUUCACUAGCUAGCUCCUCUCUGUAGGCAGAGUGCUGUGAAAUAGACAUUGUAAGAGAGAACUGUGCUGUUAUUCUUGUCUGAGGUCGUACUCCAAAUCCUCUUUCAUAAGAAAGACCCGAUUUUGAUGAACUUGUUAAAUGUGAUCAUGUCGAGUUCAUUGGUGUUAGCGUCCUCUUUACUGUGAUCAGUAGACUGAUUUGAGAGUCGUAUCAUCACUGUGUAAUGAGACUGGAGACCACUGUUUGCCAUCUUUUCCUGUCAUCAUGUGUGUGGGGGUUGGGGGAGAGGGAAUCCAUUCCAGAUUCAUGAAUAAAUGAUUUUUAAAAUUUUGCCCUGAAUAAACAGCUGAUAGUAACUGUUCUUUUAUCACUUUGGUAAUAUCAGCCUCAGGGUAAAAAAAAAAAUAUGUGUUGAUAAACAAUCUCCUAGAUCUUGUGGUGACGAAGAAGAAGGUUUUGUAUCAGCGUCGCUUUCAUUUCUAGACUGUUCCUGUGAGGAUGGUCAAGACCUGGGAGCCGCUCUGGACUCACAAAUACACUCGUUCUACAUGGAGUAAUCAGUGCUCCCUGUAGCGGGUCAUGGAGGACUGCGUAUGUUAUAUAUUUCUUUCUGCGAUGUCUGUGUCUCAUUUCCACCUUGCAUUAUUUAAACCUCAGUUCUCAGCUCAGAGUUAAUGGACUCUUGAGGUGUUUUGUUUCCUGUAACUCUUACAUAACCCACUUGCAGGUGUGGGAAAUCUCUUGUUCUCGGUUUGAAUCAUCACAAGCAACAGCUAAACACAUAACCCGUGGCGGAAAACAUUUACUCCAUGCAAUUGAAAAUUCCGAAACAGACCAGGGCCUGGUACCUUCACUCUCGGUGGCUCCUGGCCCAGAGGAGAAUCCAGGAGGCUGUCUGCCCUCACCCAAAGAGUGAGCUUCCUGAGUCCACCAGCCUCCAGCCCCUCCUGGGGAAAGGUUUGGCGAAAGAAGCCACCCUGCUUCACUUCCCGUGGAUCACUGGAUCAUAAUGCUUGGGCACUGCUGAUGGAAAAGAGGAACGUUUCAAAGAAACAUGAGGUUCUGAAGAGAGUCGAAGAAAUUGACAGAUCCGGAUGGCCACCAUUGAUGGGAGAAUGGUCUCCAGACCCCGGGGAUCUGGCCAGGGGCGCCAGGGGAGCAGGGCCUGCUUGGGCUCCCUGGACGACCUGCCAUGCGAGGGGACUCAGGAGCUGGCAGCGACUCAGCUGGCCAUGCUGAGGAGGGCACAGGAAUUCUUUCAGACCUGUGACACUGAGGGCAAGGGCUUCAUCGCCAGGGCAGAUAUGCAGAGACUCCAUAAGGAGAUGCCCCUCAGCUUGGAGGACCUGGAGGAUGUGUUUGAUACCCUGGAUGCUGAUGGCAAUGGCUUCCUGACCCCAGAGGAGUUCACCACUGGAUUUAGUCACUUCUUCUUCAGCCAGAAUAAUCCAAGUCAGGAAGAUGCAGGUGCACAGCCGGCCCAGCUCCAGGAGGAGAAGGUGUAUCAGAGUAGAGGCGAUGAGGACCUGGGCGACAUGGACGAAGAUGAAGAAGCCCAGUUCCAGACGCUCAUGGACAGACUUGGAGCCCAAAAGGUUCUGGAAGAUGAAGCUGAUGUCAAGCAGCUCUGGCUGCAGCUCAAGAAGGAUGAGCCUCACUUACUGUCCAACUUUGAGGAUUUCCUGACCAGAAUCUUCUCGCAGCUCCUAGAAGCCCACGAGGAGAAGAAUGAGCUGGAGUGCGCCCUGAAAAAGAAAAUCGCUGCCUAUGAUGAAGAAAUCCAGCACCUCUACGAGGAGAUGGAACAGCAGAUCAAAACUGAGAAGGAGCAGUUUCUCCUGAAGGACACGGAGAGGUUCCGGGCCCGAAGUCAGGAGCUGGAGCGGAAGCUGCUCUCAAAGGAGCAGGAGCUGGAACAGCUGGUCCAGAAGCAGAAGCGGCUGGAAGGCCAGUGCGCCGCCCUGCACAAUGACAAGCACGAGACCAAGGCUGAGAACACCAAGCUGAGACUCACCAACCAGGAGCUGGCACGGGAGCUGGAACGGACAUCCCGGGAGCUCCAGGAUGCCCAGCAGCAGCUGGAGAGCCUCCGGCAAGAGGCCCACAAGCUCCACCAGGAGAAGGAGAUGGAGGUGUACCGCGUCACCGAGAGUCUGCAGCGGGAGAAGUCGGGGCUCCUGAAGCAGCUGGAUUUCCUGAGGGAAAGGAACAAGCAUCUCCGGGAUGAACAGGACAUACGUUUCCAGAAAGACAAGGCGGCCAGGGCAAACACAGCUGCUCCCACGGCAAGAUGGAAGCAGCGAUCUGGCUCUGUGAUCGGCAAAUACGUGGACAGCACAGGGAUGCUCAGAAGCCAGUCAGAGGAGGAGGAGGAUGUAUUUGGCAUCCAGAGGCGGAGAAGCUCCCUGGGCCUGAGUGGGUGCCCCCUUACAGAAGAGGAGCCGGGGCCCGGAGGACCACUCACCCAGCCGCUCCGCAGGAUCAUCUCCAUCGAAGAGGACCCGCUGCCCCAGCUGCUGGGGGGCGGCUUUCAGCAGCCACUGAGCAAAUGCUUGGAAGAAGAAGAGGCCUCCGGCCAGGGGGUGAAUGAACAAAGCGGACCUGCCCGACCUCUGGGACUCACACCCACGUCUCCCCGAGGGCAGCCCGUCGGAAAAGAAGCCCUGUCUGAGGAGGAAGGCUUCCCAUCCACCCCAGACCGGCUCUUCAAGAUCGUGUUCGUGGGCAACUCCUCCGUGGGGAAGACGUCUUUCCUGGGCCGGUUCUGUGAUGGCAGGUUCUCCCCAGGCUCGGCGGCCACUGUGGGCAUCGAUUACCGCGUGAAGACGGUGCGAGUGGACGACUCGCGGGUGGCCGUGCAGCUGUGGGACACGGCGGGGCAGGAGAGGUAUCGCUGCAUCACCCAGCAGUUCUUCCGAAAAGCGGACGGCGUCGUGGUCAUGUACGACCUCACAGCCAGACAGUCCUUCCUGGACGUGCGGCAGUGGCUGAGCAGCGUGGAGGAAGCUGUGGGAGACCGCAUUCCUGUUCUUCUGCUGGCCAACAAAAUUGACAAUGAGAAAGAGCGGGAAGUGCCGCGAGGCCUGGGGGAGCAGCUGGCCAAGGAACAUGACCUGAUCUUCUACGAAUGCAGCGCCUAUUCUGGUCACAACACGGAAGAGCCUGUGCUCCAUCUGGCCAGGAUCCUCAAGGAGCAAGAAGACACAGUGAGGGAAGAAACCAUUCAGGUUGACCGCCCUGCCAAGAAGAAAGCCUGCUGCGGCUGAUACGGGCCUCGCAGGGCUCCCGCCGGGACCUGAGGCCACGGGGCCGCCCUGCCUCCUGCACACGGGCUCCUGCACAGAUGCCCCCGCCAAGACCCACUGGACCUUAGUCUCCAUCGGCGAUGGGCCCCUCUCCACUGUGGAAGAAAAGCACAGCCCCAAGGAGAGCUGCUCUCUGGGUGUCUCGGGGUCUCUCCCUCUCUUCUCUGUCUGGACCCAGGUGUCGCUUCCAUCCUUCCUUCUCCCCCAGCUUGGUUUCCUGGGGGAACGGACAGAUGGGCUUUUCCAGAAAAGCCACCCCGUGCCUUCUCCACCUCCCUUCUCCCCACCCUGCCCUUAGGAGCCUGGCACUGAGGUUGCCAUGGCAACUGUGCAGGGCAGACUGGCAGCUUCCUGUAGGUCAAAGACACGGGACCGGGCAAUGCUGGGCGAUCGGUCCAGCCUCAGAGCCUGUUCUCUGGAUGCCAGUGGACACCCUUGGCAUGUGCCUCAUUGGCCUUGAGGUGCCGGUGGGUGCUGAGUCCAUCAAACUGAGAUACCUGCUUCCUGUUCCACCCUCACGCCCAGGGGACCUGCUCCUUCCCCAGCUUCAGGGCCCCUCCUUUCUCAGCAGCCGCCUGGCCUCUGUGUUUAUCCCUGUGGGUUCUUGGGCGCUGCGCCUUACAAAAGCCACAGCCUUCUUCCCCACCGCCCACCUGCUCCCCCGACUCCACAGGGUGGACUGUGGGUGAUAAAUGUACGCUGGGGUCAGGGAGUGGGCUGACCAACUGCUUAACUUCGGCGAGGAGAUGAAAAGAAAACCUGGGCAACAAAACCAGCUGCUGCUAAACAGAGCGACCGUGUCUGAGGGUAUCAGUAAGGUACAUAGAGCCAUGUAAAAGCCAUUUUCUGAAUGUUUCUCAAAAUAGCUCUUCAAGAAUUGUACCUGAUGAUUAUUGGGGUAGAUUGACAGGCAGGCAGGAGGCCCAACAUCGGGUCUGUACUUACUGACUUCAUUUUAUUUUACUUUUCUAGAAAGCUAUAUUUUUUUCAAGUGUGGCUGUGAUGUUGACAUUUGGGGGGUUCUGAGCAGUGAGCAAAGGGUAGCUGCCAGCUUUGGCACCCCUGUGACAGCCCCUGAACAGGGCACUUGGACGAAGGACACUGAUCUGGGCUGGUGUGUGGUCCGGUCCGCUGGGUUCUGAGGUCCCACCCCUUGGCAUGCUCCAGCAUCACUGACUAGCAUCUGAGGCUGGCAAGGGCACUCUCACCCUGACGGGAAACUUGGAAGCAAAGAUCAUAAACAUCACUGCCGCUGACCAUUCUAGGGCUAGACCCCGGCCCCACAUAGGAAAGUGGGUGAUGUCCACAUGCCGUUGGGGCAUGCAGGAAGGGAGGGGACAGAAAGAGUCUGCAAGCCACCAAGAAGAUGAUUCAAGAAAGCUGCACACAGCCAGCUGGGCAGGGUAGGGGGCAGUCACUGGCCAAGAGCUCCCAAGGGUGUGCCUAUGGCCUCCUGCCCAGAUCUGCCAGAGGGUCAGAGACCACAGGCCACAGGCAAGCGCCAGCUUCCUUUGUUGAGGCUUUCUCUCUCGUCCACCUUUGUAGGCACCUGGGAGCCCCCGGAGGGUGGGUGACAAGAGCCAGCACUGAGUGCCAGGAGGGACCCAGGAUCUUGAGCAGUCCUGCUCCCUCUGUGGCAUCAGUAACAUUAGGGCUUUGGGGGGCUCUUCCUGCUCAGAGGGCUUGUGUUCAUCAUCUGAUGGGCUCUGGCCCCCAGCCCCAGUGUGGGGGACUCACAGGAGGCCCUUUCCCUAAGAGAGGGGACUGCCAGUGUCUCACUAGUGAGAUGGUCACCAGCAGUCUCUGUAUGUGACUGUGUGUCUGUGUGUGUGCCUUUAUCCGCAGCCCCUCAUCCCUAGCUUGGGUUUCGAGUAGGGUGGGAUAACCCUAGUGCCUGGCCUUUCAGCCCAUGGGGUGAAUCCUCACCAGUCCUCAAGGAUCCAGGCAGAGAGAGGGGCAGGAAGGUGGUCAGGCCUCUGUGGCUCCCUUCUCCACGCCCACCUGAGAAAACAUGAUGUACGGGGACUUUGUAGAGACUCUGAGAACUUCUGUGCCCCCGGAUCUCAGUUGCCCCUUCCCCGCUAUUCCUUUAAAGCAACACUGCUGGGCACCAGCCCGGCCCAGAGCCUAGCACAGGGUGGCAGCAAAGCCUCCCAGCUCUAGCCCCUUGCGGCAGGAACAGCUCUGAGCAAGUCACUGAAGCAGGUUUCCUAUGUGUCUGUGGACAGGAGGUUUCCGCAUGGACCUCUAGGAAUGCUUUGGGUACCGUGGGAGGCAGCACGUGUGACGUGCCUGGAACACUUAGGUGCUGACAGGUAGGGGCUACUGUCAUUGUCAAGCUCGAGUUUCUGCCCAGAACGUUUGCCUCGCUUCGGUUUCAGAUUCAGCACCAGCCAACACUAAGCGUCUUCCCGUCACUGGGCGCCUCCCAGACACCUCCUUGUUUUUGCUUCUGCUUGUCCAGUUCUUUGCUCGACUCUGAGCUUGUGUCUGGUGUGACCUCCUGGCUCUGCCCAUCUUUGUCCUGGGGGCUUCCUGGUUUUCCACUCAGACCGCAUCCCGCCACCUUCCCUCCCUGCCGUGGUGCUCCCAGUGCUUACCCAGGCAUGCCCUGUGCUCCCAGUGCCUACCCAGGGUUGCCCUGCGCUUCUCACCAUCUCUGGCCCCACACUGGCCGCUCCCAUUCUGACUGCUUGGGCCUCUCCCGGGUCUGCUGCUGCCUCUGGCCACGAACUCCAGCACCAAACCAACACCCUGGCUUUGCUCCUUGUCCAGCACUCAUUUCCCCUUUGGGGUCUUUUCUGUUCCUCCUGGCUCUCUCCUGCCUCUCCUCUGCCCUGUACUGCUCUUUCCCUAGUGUUCAUACCUCUGCCCAAUCUUGGACGCCCCUCCAGCCUCCCCUCGCCCAGGUCUGCUCCAGGCCACACCUGUAUCCUCCAUCAUAGACGGCUCAACCCUUUGUUUCUGUCACUAGCAGGCCCUACUCCAAAGGAUCUUAAAACAGUUUCAGCUAAGGUGUUCAUGCCAGUGGUGUUCAGGGCUGUAUCUGUAUUUUCACAAAGAACUCUAAGAAACGCAUACUUUAACCCAAAGGAAUAAAUCCCUAGUAGACUAUUAAGCACCAUAAUGGUUUAUGGGGUCAAAUAUUUAAGACAGCGCUGCUUCUCCUAUUCUCCUAAAGAUCAGUUUGCUUCAUGUACUUUUGGGCUCUAAGUUCCUGUAUGUUUAUAAUUGUUUUGUCUUCCUGAUGGUUUGACCCUCUAUCAUCAUAAAAUGUGCUUCUUUGUCUUUAGUCACAAUUUUUGCCCUAGAGACUGUUUUGUCUGAUGUUAGUGUGGCCACUUGGGCCCUUUUGGUUGAUACAGCUCCUGAAUGGCAUAUCUUCUCUGUCCUUCUACCUUCAUCCUAUUUGUGUCCUUGAACCUAAAGUGGGUCUCUCAUAGACAGCAUGUAGAUGGAGUCAUGUUUUCUUCUCUUCCAAUCUCUGCCUUUUAAUUGGAGAGUUUAAUCUGUUUAUAUUUAAUGUGAUGGGUAAAGUAUGAUUUAUGUCAGCCAUCUUGCUGUUUCUGUAUUUCACGUGUCUUUUUUGUUCCUAUAUUCCUCCACUACUGCUUUCUUUUGUGUUAGUUAUUUUCUAGUGUACAACUGUAAUUCUCUUGUAAUUUUAUUUACAAUGUGUAAUUUAUUUGUUUUCUUGGUGGUUGCCCUGAGGGUCACCAUUAAUAUCUCAAUUUGUUACAGUUUGGAUUAAUAAUGACUUAAUUCCAAUAGUAUAAAAAAUUUAUUCCUGCAUAAUUCCAUUCCACCCUCCUUUUUGUUGUUAUUAUUAUAAAUGACAUCUUUAUACAUUUUAUGCCCAUCAACAUAGAUUUUUAUUUAUUGUUUUAUGCAGUUGCCUUUUAAAUCAGAAAAAAGGAGUUACAAAUGAAAAAUAUGUUUAUAUCAUCUUUACUUAUGUAAUUACUUUUACCAGUGCUCAUUACUUUUUCAUGUUGAUUGAAGUUGCUAUUUAGUGUCCUUUACUUCUGUAGUAGUUUUUGUAGGGCAAGUCUGCUAGAGACACACUCUCAAUUUUGUUUAUCCAGAAAUGUCUAAUUUAUCCUUCACUUUUAAAAGAUAGUUUGACCAGAUAUAGAACCUUUGAUUGACAGUGUUUCUUCCCCGUCAGUACUUGGACUUUACCAUCCCCAUGUUUCUGGCCACCAUGGUUUCUGAUGAGAAGCCAGCUGUUCAUCUUAUUAAGGAUCAUUUGUAUGUGAUGAGUUGCUUCUAGAAAGCAGUGAGAACACUGCUUUCAAAGCUCUUUGUCUUUCAAUAGUUUGCUUCUUAUGGGUCUAGCAAUAGACCCCUUUGAGUUUAUCCUUUUUGUAGUUGGCUGAGUUUCUUGAAUGUAUAAAUUAAUGGCUUUCAGCAAAUUUGGGGAGUUUUUGGUUAUUAUUUCUUUAAAUAGUCUUUCUGCCCCUCUACCCCCUUCCUUCCUUCUAGGGCCCUGUUAUACAUAUAUUGGCAUGCUUUAUGGUAUCUCACAGGUUUCUGAGGCUCUGUUCAUUUUUCUUUA